UCAAUACGGUAAAAUAGCUUUUUAGGUUAUGAGAGAGAUUGUUUUGAACUUUUAAUUCGAUCAAUGCUUUAGUUAUUUUGAAUAAUAGACUAAAAAUGUCCAUGAUAUCGUUUUCUUCAAACAUUUUAAAAAGAUGUGCUGGUUUACGCUAUCCAUUUAUGUGUGCUAAAACAGUUAACUCUGUACAGAAAGCAACUUACAGUUCUGUGACCACACGAACGAUUCACGAUGUAAAUACCAAUGUAGCGAAAGAUGUUAUAUUGUUUAAAUAUGAAAAUCCUAAGUUUUUUAUGUACAUGAACUUAUUUGCUGUAGUACAGUAUAUGUUUUGGUCAUAUUUGGGUUUAUAUGCGUUUUCCACUUUGCGAGAUGCCCCCGUAGAUCAGUCUAAAGUAGAUGAGAGUACUCCAUGGUUUAGAAAGAUCAAUUUAGGUGAAAAUAAAUACAAAAAUGGUUUAGCAACACUAGCCGUUGUUAUCGGCACAGGUUCACUAGCAAUGAUAUGGAUGUACACGCUCAAAUCGGUGCGGUACCUCAUCCUGAACAAAGGAGGGCAACAUCUCACCUUCGUCACAUACAGUCCGUUCGGCAAAAACCGCCUGAUGAAGGUUCCGUUGAACUAUGUUUGUUGCAAAGAGAACCGAGCGAAUGCUAGAGUGCAAUUGCCUUUGAAAGUGAAAAACCAGUGGAUGCAUUACAUGCUCGAUAUGAGAGGAGAAUUUAAGAAUCCAUUGCUGUUUGAUUCUACUGCGGGACUAGCUCGAAGAUGGUAAUGCGUCAUUUAUAUCCUCACAGAUAUUGGCACAAUUGGUUUUCUUAGAAGAAUGCAGGAUCUAACUGAGUAUAAUAUUUUGAAAAAGAUAUUAAUUGUCAUUUUUUUCCUUUACUACCUUUUUUAUUCUAAUUUCUCUGAAUUUAACAUGCAAAUAGUUAAUUAAACUGAUGUUGGAUUUACUUUGAGUUGUCUUGAAAUUUGGGCAAUUGUGAUAUGUAUUCCAAUAUGCCUAGGUAUUUUUCAGCUUUGAAUGUUUGCAUAAAAGACUUCACUUAUAUCAUAAGGUGUGUAAAUAAAUCUUAUUUUUAGCUG